AUGGCGAUAGACAGUGUUGUCCAUCAAGGACCGAACAGUUCUAAAUCACUUUCUGUUAAAUCAAAUGAUGUUCCACAAAGUUUGUCAAAUACACCUUUAUCCAAACCUGAAAGUAAUUUUGGUGAUGAACAACCUGUUGCAUCUACUCCGAUAGGCCGUCUGGAUAGUUCCAGGCAAACAAGAUCCGUCUUUAAACUUGGUCAAAGAUCUGUAGAGUUAAAAGCUGAUUCUCAUGAUAUUAAAAGUGGAUCUAUUACCAUGUCACCUCUUAUCGUUAACGAGAAUGAGAUUAUAAACUCUCCAGCAUCCGACAUAACUGAACCCAUGACUUAUGCUGAACGGGUAGAACUUCUAAGGAUUCCGUUUUUAGAUGCUAGUGAUGUGAAGGUAGUCACUUUUAAAGUCGGACACUUCUGUCUUCAACAAAGAAAGCUUUGGAAAACUGCAUCAGCUGCUUUAAGAUCUCUACCCUCUUCUCCAUCAUCUCUUGAUUCUUCUCUAUUUUCGUCAUCAGUGUCAACUCCAAAGAUUCCACCCGAAGAUCCACUAGCUACGAAGUCGGAAGUAAACGAAACAAAAAGUGAUAACACUAAGCACGAUAUAUUUCGAUCUAACCAAGCUUCAAAUAAAUCUUUGUUCCCGAAUCCAUGUAUUCAGACUACUGUGGAUACGAACCUGCCACUUGUAAUCUCACCAAAUCAUGUGCAACCGUCGCCUGUUGUUUCUUGUAUUAUUACAACCAGUACUACCUAUCGUAGUUUGCCUUCACCAAUUCAACCUGCAGGUGUUGGCCCACCUCCUCUUCUCUCUUUAUCCAAUAAGUUAACGGAACAGAAAAGUUGCGUUCCAUCCUAUUCUGUGACAUCCAAAGAAAAUGAAUGUGUUCCCGUUCUCCCACCUACUUUGAUGCCUGUAAGAGUCAGUCGUCGAUAUGGCACACGUGAACCAACCGUCAUCAGUCACCUUCUACUAAAGGCUGCAUGUUAUGCUCAGGGACCAAAGGAAGAGGCAGGCAAAAUUGCUCGUGUUGAAGGCAUUCAGUUCAAUACAGUGGAAUCAUUGGCUUUAAACUUUCAAAAUAUAUUGAGAAUUGAAAAUUUAAAUGGGUUUACAAAUCUUACAAAACUACAACUAAAUAAUAAUAUUAUUGAAAAAAUAGAAAACUUAGACGGCUUAGUGAAUCUUACGUGGUUAGGUAAUUGCCUUGCUGAAAAAUUAAAAGAUGAGUUGACAGAAAGCGAAAGUGAAACUUUCGAUUCACCUCUAUUUGUUGUUCUCUAUUGUUUCUCUUUUGUAUACAUGACGAAUGAAAACAAAAAAAUAAUAAUCAUUAUUGCAUUAAAGGUGAUGUAUUUAAGAAAGUUUGACAAACUGGAAUCUGUCAAUUUAAGUGGAAAUCCACUGACAAAUAAUCAAUCCUACAUACACUACACAUGUGCAUUUGUACCACAAUUACAAUACCUAGAUUACAAGAAAAUUUCACAAACUGUGUUCGAAGAAGCAUAUCUUAAAUACCAGUUGACUGUGGAUCAAUUGCGCGAGAAAGAAAAAGAACAAAAGGCUAAACAAGAUGAGUUGGAUAAGAAAAUGGAGGACAGAAAAGUAUAUGCUGCUGCAUUUAUUGAUGACUUAGAAGGCGACAGAUUGUUUGAAAUAAUUAUGGAAGCAGAUCCAGAUGGACAGAAAUUUGUUAGCCUACCACUAGUUGCAGAAGUAUUAGAUCAAUAUCCUUUUCAUAAGCGAGAAAGAUUAAUAUAA